AUCUCUCUCUCUCUCUCUCUCCCUUUCUUUUGCUCUAAAAGGAAUCAUUUUCCAUCUAUUGCUGCAACGCCAACGGCUGGAAAAAGGAGGCGACUUCGUUUCUCCUAAAUCUUUCUCUGACGAUCAUGGCGGACAAGGGUCGACCAUUGCCCAAGUUUGGUGAAUGGGAUGUCAAUGACCCAUCAUCGGCUGAGGGAUUCACGGUCAUCUUCAACAAGGCCAGGAAUGAGAAGAAGACGGGCGGCAAUCCUGACUCUCCAGCAAGAAAUGACCCCCCAUUAAAGAAUGGGGCUGUUCUGGGAAAGCCUCAGUCUAAAAAAUGGCUGUGCUGCAUUCAAACAGGUCAUGCAGAAUAAUGAAGCCAGUGGUUAGUGGAAGGCAAUGCCAACCCCAACAUGUAAUCCAGAAGACUGGAGCUGUAUUCAGUGGCUAUGAUAGGUCCUGCUGGAAUCUGUUUGUUGUAACUUUAUUAUUUUGUGAUGUUACGAGCAUGGUAAAGAACACGGUGAAAGGACAAUGUUUUUAUGUAUACUGGUGGGGGGGGUGAAUGAGUUCUUUCCCGAUUCAAUACUUUGUCCAGUAUACACUGUAAUUGUGACAUUAUUUUUUGUGUUUUGUCAUCUGAGUGGACAUGAUUUUCUUGCAUC